CCACAAUGCUGUGCGGCUGCGACCUGUCGCAAAGGCCGCGCUCCCGCGGCGACUGAGCGGCGGCUCUUCCUGUGGGGAAGCCAGCGACAGGCGGCCCGCAUCCUCGUCCUCCUCUUGCCGCGGGGCCGGCUGCCCCCCGGACGGUGUCCAGCUGCGCCCGAGACUGGCCCGCGCCGCCUGCGCUCCCCGCCAUGCCCCCCAAGAAACAGGCUCAGGCUGGGGGCAGCAAAAAGGCGGAGCAGAAGAAGAAGGAGAAGAUUAUCGAAGACAAGACUUUUGGCUUAAAGAAUAAAAAAGGAGCAAAGCAACAGAAGUUUAUCAAGGCUGUCACCCAUCAGGUUAAAUUUGGUCAACAAAAUCCUCGUCAGGUAGCACAAAGUGAAGCCGAAAAGAAAUUGAAGAAAGAUGAUAAGAAGAAAGAAUUACAAGAACUAAAUGAACUGUUCAAGCCAGUAGUUGCUGCUCAAAAAAUAAGUAAAGGUGCAGAUCCUAAAUCUGUAGUAUGUGCAUUCUUCAAGCAAGGACAGUGUACUAAAGGAGAUAAGUGUAAGUUCUCUCAUGACUUAACUCUGGAGAGAAAGUGUGAAAAGCGAAGUGUUUAUAUUGAUGCAAGAGAUGAAGAACUUGAAAAAGAUACAAUGGAUAAUUGGGACGAGAAAAAAUUAGAAGAAGUAGUGAACAAGAAGCACGGUGAGGCGGAAAAGAAAAAACCAAAAACUCAAAUAGUUUGCAAGCAUUUCCUUGAAGCUAUUGAAAAUAACAAAUAUGGCUGGUUUUGGGUAUGCCCAGGAGGGGGUGAUAAUUGCAUGUAUCGUCAUGCACUUCCUCCAGGAUUUGUAUUAAAAAAGGAUAAAAAGAAAGAAGAGAAAGAAGAUGAAAUUUCAUUAGAAGAUCUAAUUGAAAGAGAGCGUUCUGCCCUAGGACCAAAUGUUACCAAAAUCACUCUAGAAUCUUUUCUUGCCUGGAAGAAAAGAAAACGACAAGAAAAGAUUGAUAAACUUGAGCAAGAUAUGGAAAGAAGGAAAGCGGACUUCAAAGCAGGAAAAGCUCUGGUGAUCAGUGGUCGUGAAGUAUUUGAAUUUCGUCCUGAACUGGUUAAUGAUGAUGACGAGGAAGCAGAUGAUACUCGUUACACCCAGGGAGCGGGUGGUGAUGAGGUUGAAGAUUCAGUGAACGUAAAUGACAUAGAUUUAAGCCUGUAUAUACCAAGAGAUGUGGAUGAGACGGGUAUUACUGUAGCGAGUCUUGAAAGAUUUAGCACAUACACUUCAGAAAAGGAUGAAAACAAAUUAAGUGAAGCAUCUGGUGGCAGGGCUGAAAAUGGUGAAAGAAGUGACUUAGAAGAGGACAACGAAGGGGAGGGACAGGAAAAUGGAGCUAUCGAUGCUGUUCCUGUUGAUGAAAACCUUUUUACUGGAGAAGAUUUGGAUGAACUAGAAGAAGAAUUAAACACACUUGACUUAGAAGAAUGACACAAAACAAAUUGAUGGAAAAUUAAGUCAGCUCAGCAUGAGUUGAAAUUGACUACAGUAAUUUUUUUUCACCUAGAAUUCUUCAACAGGAUGUUUAUUUCCCAUGCUGAAUAUGGAGGGCUUACUUUCCUCCAAAGAAAGGAUAUUCCUACAUCUUGUCUUCCAACUUUGGCUACAGCUCAUAGUAAGUUAAGAGUAGUUCAUGAUAAAUUGAAAAUAUAAUGGGUCAUUACAGAAAAUGAUUGUUGUAAAUGUUCAUAUAGGGAGUGUUACUGCUUCUCCAGUUUUUUAUUUCAUUGGGCAUGUAUUACAAGAAAAACGUACAUUUGAAAUUAGAUACCUUUUGUUUAAUACAGUUUUUAAUGAGUGAUUUGUAUUUAUAUGUUUAAAAGGAUGCCUAAAAUAUGAGUACUGUACUUCAUAAAAGGAAUUACAUAAGAAGAUUCAGUAUUGUACAUCUUUGGUCAGUUAGAUGGAUAUUUAAAAUGAAACUUCUUUAAUGAUAGGAUCAGCUACAAUGCCCGUUGUUAAAUUGUUUUAAAUUGUCCCCUCUUUUUUCGUCAAUAAAGUUGUAAAUAAAGACCAUCCUACAUUAAAAUCCAAAUAUGGGCCUUUUUUUUUUAAGUUUCCUGUGAAAGUUUUUUAGCAUUUAAGUGUUGUUACGAACUUCUAUAGUAUGUGAUAGUGCAUAUUAAUAUCUGAUCACACUUUUUCUAAAAGAGUGUAAAAGAAUCUACCAGGGAAAAUUGGGUUUGAAGGCCUCCUUUAGCAUUGAGAUCCCUGAAAAAUUAGGGUGGUGCAUUGCAAAUGGACAUAAUUUGCUAAUGACAUAUUUAAUGCUAGUGAUACCUUUUUCACUUUAGUAAUUACAUUUUCAAAUAUUAAUACAGUGCUGCUGCUUUUUAUUUACAGAUAGACGUGGAUUUUAAGACUAAUAUAGGAGCAUUUAAAGUGUCAGGUGACAUGGCCCAUAAUCGCAUUUCUGCCUCAGAUAAGUUAUAUUUGAUGAGUUUUAAGUUUCCAUUUAACAGUUAUUUGUUUGCAUAUAAAAAAGUUCUUUUAAAUUGUAAAACACAAAGUGACAAAUUGACUUGAGCUGUUCAUUAAUACUUUUCCUGUGUAUAACAUUAAGAGCAUGAAAUCUAACUUUUCAUUUGUCACAAAAGUAUACUUAAUGCUUGAGUUUAAAAUUGAUAUCAAAAGUUUAUUUUAUUUUUUGAAAAUCUUUCUCAAGUGUUACUACAUUAUUCGUAAUGAAACAUUUUCAAAAUAACUUGAAUGGUUUAAGUCUUAAGCUACAACCCCAGUCCUAUUUUAUUUUCUUUUUUAGGCCAUCUAAAACUUCUUACAUAUUAAGAAACGUUUUGUAUAUAAUCUGUCUUCAUUUGCUUUUUGGUUUUUAUUUGGAAGGAAGGUGGGGAGUCUUUUCUGUUGCUGUUGUUGGAGGGGGUAUUUUUCCCCUUUUUGGCUUUAGGGCCACACCCAGUGGUACUUAGGGUUUACGCCUGGCUCUCUCUCGGAGAUCUCUCCCGGCGGGUUUGCGGGACCAAAGCAGGUGCCAGGGAUCGAACCCAGGUCAGGAACAUGCAGAGCAAGCACCCAACCUGCCAUACUAUCACUCUAACCACUUUAGACAUUAAAUUGUUGGCUAUUUUUUGUUUUUGUUUUGAAUAUUUGUAAGAUAGGUCCAUGUAAGUUUGCUGGAGGUGUUUUUUUUUUUUAAUUUGAAGUAUUACUGCUUUCCAAAGAAAUAUGUGAUUUUUGAAAAUCAAUUUGUCUUCAGUAAGUCAUGAAUAAGAGAGAAUACUCUACAUAAGAAAGUAUUUUUACUUAUUUAUUUAUUUAUUUAUUUGUGGUUCUGGGUAUCAAACCCAGGUUCUAAUCCAUGCAUGGUCUGAGCUCUUCUACUGAGCCACUUUUCCCAGCCCUUAGGUAGUAAUGUUUGAUUCUUGCAAUGUUUCAUUUUAUUUAUUUGGGCAACAUGAUUUACCGUAGUGUUAAUGAUUCAGUAAUUCAGUGUUAUUACACCACAUCUGCCAGUGUAUCAGCAUCCCUCCACUUAGCCAUCCUUCCUAGUUCCUUUUCAUUCCUUCCCCCACCCCAUACGUACACACUUAGGAUACUCUGUUCUAUUGGUUUUUGACCAUUGUCUGUUCCCUUUCUAUGUUUCUUUGUACUCCACAUACAAGUAAGACCAUUUGAAUAUCUGUAAUUUUUAAAAAUCUAGUAUGACUUCUCUUUUGCCUUUAACUUUUUCCAUUUAAAUACAGUAUGUAUUGUUCACACAAUAUAAAUCCUAUAUUAAUGUAGACAUUCUAUUAGUACAAUAAAUCUAAAGUUGAUUCUUUUUUGUCUGA